ACUUCCCAGCAACCAUCCAUUGGUCUUUACCAGUAGUUCUGCAGCGGCUAUCUGCACUCCUGGGCUUCAGCACACAUCAGUGUGGUUCACAUGUUUCCUGCUGUUAUGAAAGAGAUUGGAGAGGACGAAGCUUGGAAUUGCCUGUCGCACAGCAAGAGGCUAUGGAGCUGGGCCACCGAGCAGGGCCCACCUGAACAACAAGGAGGGCCAGCAGGACUUGGACCCCUGGAAAACGGCCUGCAGUUCCUUGGACACCUCCAAGUUCAAGAACCAGGGUCUGUGGUCACCACAGCCCCUGCCCCGGGGAGCCAGCACUCAAGGCCACUCCCUAGGGUGGUGCCACUCGAAGGAGAUUCUCCCUCCACCUCCGACUGCUGCCAGCAGGGAUUCUCUGGGGAUGGACCCACAGUCCAGGUCCCUGAAGAACGGGGGCUCUCGAUCCUCCUCAAGAGAGAGCAGGGCCACCUCGGGAGAGGAGACUCAGCCGUGCCAGGGGACGGAUGACGUUCCCAGCUUGGGGGCCCAGGACCAGAGGAGCACGCCCACGAACCAGAAGGGCAGCAUCAUUCCUAAUAACAUUCGCCACAAGUUUGGGAGCAACGUGGUGGACGAGCUGGUCUCCGAGGAGCAGGCUCAAAGGGCUAUUGAUGAAGUCUUCGAGGGCCAGAAGACGGCAAGCUCAUGGCCCAGCAGGACCCCGAAUCCUGUGGAAAUCUCCUCCGUCUUCUCAGACUACUAUGAUCUCGGCUACAACAUGCGGUCAAACUUGUUUCAAGGGGCUGCUGAGGAGACAAAGAGCCUCAUGAAGGCUUCCUACACACCAGAGGUCAUUGAGAAAUCAGUUAGGGACUUGGAACACUGGCAUGGCAGGAAGACGGAUGAUCUGGGACGGUGGCACCGGAAAAAUACUAUGAACCUAAACUUGCAGAAAGCACUGGAAGAGAAAUAUGGAGAAAACAGCAAAUCUAAGAGCUCAAAGUACUAGAUUUGACACAGUAGAGGUGUCUUCUACUCAAAUAAAGUGCUAACAAUAA